AUGAAAAACAAGUACUCUCCUAUUUCAGAUUCUGAUGACUCUUCCAAAACGCUCAAUGAUGAAAAGGCAGAUAGUCGGUCGUCUCCUUCAGAUGGUACGCCUCCUCCGUAUACAGCUUCAAGCAAAUUUAUUGAUUUAGAAAUGGCUGAUGGAUCCGCUCAAAAUUCCGCCCAAGAUACUGUUAAUAAUACUAGGUCGAGUUCGAUGGAUAAGUGGCAGAUAAUAAUGUACUUGUUGUUUUCUACAUCUUUUGCCUACAUUGCGGCCUAUGCUGUUUUACCUGUGUUAUUUUUCGGUUUGAAGGUUUCUGUGAAUGCACAAGCCUUUUGGUGGCUUUUUGGCAGCUUUUUUGUAGUGUUAGGGUUGUUUUUAUUUGCAACGCAUAUGCUCUAUCUGGGAUUGUUCACGCAAGCUGGAAGAGCAACAAAGAAGUACAUUAAGAAAGGUGGAGGAGCGCCAGCUGUGUGUAAAGACCUAAUUACACUCAUUAUUUUCAAUGGAGUUGGGGGUGGUGCUUUAAAAUUAUCAGGAAGCUUUGAAUUUAUACAUUCAGCUGCGGUGUUAAUGGUUUUAGCUGUACUGAACAUAUGCUUGUUUGUUCUUCUCAUUCGAAACCCAGAUGUGAUUGAAGAUAUUCAAGAUAUGACACGUGUAAACAGAAUUAGCAGGAAUGGUCCACCUCGUAACGAAGAAAUCGAACUUCAGCCUCUUGCUGAGCAAAGGGCUGAUGUUUGA